AUGAAGCCGCAGAAGCCGCAGCUGAAGCAGCAGCACUCGGUUACGGCUAGGGACGCUGAGCUGUCGGCACAGUUCUCCAAGGCUUCCGUGUCCGACCUUCCUGCCCUCCAGAACCGCGCCGGCGACAGCACCAGCCCCUAUGUGCAAUCACAUGCCUCCACGCCCGUCGCGUGGCAGCUGCUGGACGACGAGGCCGUACAGCGGGCCAAGAAGGAAAAUAAACUCAUCUUCAUGAACAUCGGCUUCAAGUCAUGCCAUUAUUGCCGCCUGACCACCCGGGAGUCUUUCUCUCACCCCGAGAUCGCCAAGCUGCUCAACAACUCCUUCGUGCCCAUUAUUGUUGACCGCGAGGAGCGCCCGGACAUCGACAACAUCUACAUGAACUACAUACAGGCAAUCAACGGCGCCGGCGGAUGGCCCCUGAACGUCUUCCUGACUCCCGAGCUGGAGCCUGUCUUUGGCGGCACAUACUGGCCCUCCCCCGGCACCGAGCUCAUCGGCCCCGAUGGUGAGGAGGUGGCCGAGGACGAGCGCAUCGACUUCCUGGUGAUCCUGCAGAAGAUGAAAGAGGUCUGGCCGCAACACGAGGCCCGGUGUCGGCAGGAGGCCAAGGAGAUAGUGUCCAAGUUGCGUGAGUUCGCUGCCGAGGGAACUCUCGGAACGCGCGGAAUAGCGACGUCCGGAACGGUGGGGGCCUCGAGUGCCGCCGUUCCGACCGAUACCUCCGGCACGCCGAUGGCAGGGGACUCAGAUCUGGACUUGGACCAGCUGGAGGAGGCAUACAUGCACAUCGCUGGCACUUUCGACCCGGUGAACGGCGGCUUUGGAAUCGCGCCCAAGUUCCCCACCCCGGCUAAGCUCUCAUUUUUGUUAAAACUAUCCAACUUCCCAAGUGUGGUGGCAGAUGUCGUCGGGGACAAAGAGGUCGCGCAGGCGAAGCACAUAGCGCUGCACACCCUGCGGAAGCUCCGGGACGGUGGUUUGCGCGAUCACGUUGGUGGAGGAUUCCAUCGGUAUGCUGUAACGGCGGACUGGUCGAUGCCGCAUUUUGAGAAGAUGGUCUCUGACAACGCGCUGCUGCUGGGCUUGUAUCUGGAUGCUUGGCUAUCAACGGCCAAGGGACUCAAGAAAGAGGACGAAUUCGCCAAUGUGGUUUUUGAGCUUGCAGAGUACCUGACCUCGACGCCCAUCUUGCGGCCCGAUGGUGGAUUUGCCAGCAGUGAGGCAGCAGAUUCGUACUACAGGAAAGGCGACACCCAGAUGCGCGAGGGCGCUUACUACCUAUGGACCCGGAGGGAAUUCGACGAGGUGUUCAAGGACUCUCCCACCGUGGGUGCCCUGGCCGCGGCACACUGGAAUGUGCUAGGGCACGGCAAUGUGGAGCGGGAGCAAGACCCAAAUGACGAGUUCCUUAAUCAAAAUGUGUUGCACACGGUGAAAGGUGCCGAAGAGCUCUGGAAACAAUUCGGCACCUCAUCUUCAGAGGCUAAGGAGUGGAUCGAGACUGCGCGGUCGCGGUUGAGGACCCGUCGUGAGGCAGACCGAGCAAGGCCGGAGACCGACACGAAGGCAGUCACGAGUACAAAUGCCAUGGUCAUCUCGGCGUUGGCAAGGACGAGCUCGGCCAUCAAGUCCGUUGACCCUGAGAAAGCCACCAAGUACUUGAACGCAGCCAGGUCGGCGGCAAAGUUCAUCGAGACAAAAUCGUGGGACGCGCAGGCAAAGCUGCUGUACCGGUCUUAUUUUGAUAAGCGAAGUUCAGCUCAAGGAUAUGCGGAGGACUACGCUUUCCUGAUCGAGGCCUUACUUGACCUAUAUGAGGCGACUGGCGAGGAAAACUGGCUUGAAUGGGCCGAUGGCCUGCAGAAGCGACAAAUUGAGCUCUUCUACGACCCGACAGUGCCCAGCACAUCGCGCCCAGUGACACCCAUGGCGCACCACUCCGCUUGCGGAGGGUUCUACUCCACGGCAGAUGAGGCAUCACUCGUCAUCCUUCGCCUCAAGGACGGCAUGGACACCGCACAACCAUCCACAAACGCCGUGUCCACCUCGAACCUCUUCCGGCUGGGCUUCGUCCUCGGGGACGCGAGCUACGUGAAGGUUGCCCACGAGACCAUCAGUGCCUUCGAGGUCGAGGCCCUGCAGUACCCGUGGCUGUUUAUCGGGCUGCUCAGUGGUGUCGUCACCGCGAGGCUGGGCGGCAUAGUGUGGCUCUCUGCCGCCGGAGACGACCCAAAGAAGGAGGAGCGCCGGCGCAAGUUCUCUGAGCUCCCCAGGGCAGGCCUGAGGAGCUGGGUCUUCCCGAAGAAGGGCGGCGAGAAGGACAAAUCAUGGCUGUUCGGCAAGAGGAACCAGGCUCUGGCGGGUCUGGAGGAGGGAUCUUACCAGUUCGACGGGAAGUACAAGUUGUACAACGAAGCAGAAUCGGACCUGUUCGGUUCUUGA